ACUAUCCGGAAAUAACUACCCGUUUUGAUUCAAUUUUUAUUGACCCACUAAGAAGAGAAAAUUCGGAUAUAAGAAAUAUUUUUCAGAAUGCUGUCCGAUUGUCUGUUAAUUGUCUUCAUCUCAAUCUGCACGGCCCUUCUUGGAGAAGGAUUAACAUGGCUCCUAGUAUAUCGAACAGAAAAGUACAAAAAGUUAAAGGCAGAGGUUGAAAAACAAAGCAAAAAGUUGGAAAAGAAAAAAGAAGGGGGAGAAUCAUCAGACAGAAGUCAGAAGAAAAAACUAGAACGUCAGGAGGAGAGGUUGAAAAAUCACAACAGGGAUCUUUCCUUUGUAAAAAUGAAGUCCAUGUUUGCUAUUGGAUUUGCAUUUACAGCUCUACUUAGUAUGUUUAACUCAAUAUUUGAUGGUCGAGUGGUAGCCAAAAUGCCCUUUGUUCCAAUAAGUCUACUGCAAGGAAUUUCCCAUCGGAACUUAGGCGGAGAUGAUUACUCCGAUUGCUCAUUCAUCUUCUUGUAUAUCCUGUGCACUAUGUCAAUCAGACAGAAUGUCCAGAAACUUCUUGGACUGGCUCCAUCCAGAGCAGCGAGUAAACAGGGAGGGGGUCUGUUUGCCACCCCUGGUCAGCUAAACACCAGAUAAACUAUCUUAUCACUGGAAGAUGGGCAUUGAAUUAUAGUGCAAUGAAAUUUGUAAUAUGUGUAUAAUUUUGAACUCUCACGAAUUCAUCAUCAUAAAUAAAGAAAUAUCAAAGAUUUGAA